UGGAGACUGAGUCUCAAUACAGGUGCCCAAGCUGGCUUCACACUGACAACCCUUCUGUCUCAGCCUUUAGAGCAGUAGCAAUUGCAAAGAGUGUCACCAUACCCGGCUUGAGUUCUUAGUCCUGGUGGAAGGGUAAGCCUAAAGCUAGGACACUGAUCGAAUUCCAGCGUCCCUGAUAAACAGUUUUAGGGUAGAGUACUGUACGCUGAUCCUGGCUACAUCUGUCUUGAUCCUGUGAGUUUCCCGUGAUCUCCAGUCAGGCAGUGUUUGGCAUUUGGGGUUGGCGUGCACUUGCUUCCCUCAGGGAAAAUCAAUUCUUCUGUAGCUGUGCCUGGUUGAAGAAGAGGCGUGGCUCCAACAGGUUCCCCUCUUAGAGGCUGGAGAUUGGAGCUCAUUGGCUCAGUAGAUGUAAGUGACAGCGCCUGGGCCAAUCAGUGAAGGCACUAAUACUACCUCUUCCGGUUUGGGCAACAGUCCCGAGCUUGCUCCGCGGUGAAUCACCUCCUGCCUUGCUCGAAGGGAAUGGCGGGUGUCAGGGCUUGGUCCUCGCCUGCCGUUUCCCUCGGGUCUUCAUGAAUAUUCCCUCAGUGGUUCCAACCGCGUCCGCUGGUGUCGGCGCCCACUCCCCGGAGCGGCCCACAUUGACUCGGCGGGCAGACAGAUACUGCAGCUGCAGCACCCCUCGGAAGGCCAGACUAGCCUGCAUUCCUGAGGUGUCCUGUUUGCAAGCAUCUCCUUGGGUUGCAGCCUUGACCUCCCAUCCUGUAGCCCACGCGCCACCCACAGAGGGCUCAGCGUGAACAUGGCCAAGGAACGGCAUGGGACCUGGUUUGGCUUUGGUUUCUGUGGCUUUGGGCAAGUGCUGGGCUCUGGGAAUGGGCGCCAUUCGGUGUACAGUCCUGAACCACUUUGUGCCGGUGAUGACGUUUGCCGAGUGAGUCCAAGCUGGAGCUACACCGCCCUGGUGACCCGUGGCGGCCGGGUGGAGCUGUCGGGUUCCAUGAGCGGCUCAGCCAGUGGCUGUAGGGACGCAUGGGCUUCAGAGGAACUCCUGGUGGUGCUGCGUGACGAGGGCGGGUCUGGCACAGAGCUGCAGGCCUGGACUCCAGGCUCGGCACUGCAGGGGGAGCCCCUCUGGGUCCAGAACCUGGUUUCUGGUGCAGAGGACCAAGGGGAAGAUGAACCCAGCAGUGAGGCUAGGGCGGGCACCCUGCCACUGCUGCCCGGUGCCCGUGCCUAUGUGAACCGGCAGCCCCCCUUCUACCAGCCUCUGGCCCCAGAGCUGCGGGUGCGCCAGCUGGAGCUGGGUGCCGAGCAUGUGCUGCUGCUGUGCGAAGCUGGCCAGGUGUUCUCCUGGGGUGGAGGCAGGCAUGGACAGCUGGGCCACGGGACGCUGGAGGCAGAGCCGGAGCCAAGGCUGCUGGAAGCACUACAAGGCUUGCGGAUGGCCGAGGUGGCCGCAGGUGGCUGGCACUCCGUGUGUGUGAGUGAAACUGGGGAUAUUUAUAUCUGGGGCUGGAAUGAGUCGGGGCAGCUGGCCCUGCCCACAAGGAGCCUGGCAGAGGACAAGAAGACAGUGAACGGGAAAGUCGCAGAAUUGGAUGAAGCUUGUCUCAAAGGAGAGGAAGCAGCUGUGGCUGAUGGUGGAGCUCCUGCCCCCUUCAUAGCCAUCCAGCCCUUCCCGGCUCUACUGGAUCUUCCCAUGGGCUCCGAUGCCGUCAAGGCCAGCUGCGGAUCCCGACACACAGCCGUGGUGACCCGAACAGGAGAACUCUAUACCUGGGGCUGGGGUAAAUAUGGACAGCUUGGCCACAAGGACAGCAGCAGCUUGGAUCGACCCUGCCGUGUGGAAUACUUUGCAGAAAAACAACUCGAAGUAAGGGCUGUCACCUGUGGACCCUGGAAUACCUAUGUGUAUGCAAUGGAAAGAGAGAAAAUCUGAUAUGCCACUGAUGGUGCCUGGGUGAGAAUGAACUGUCAUAAGCACAUGCAAACAUUAAGUUUAGAGACAAGGUCACACAUCCCCCUCCCUUGAAUUGAAGGUACAUGACUUUAAAAAAAAUCAAGAUAGCCAGGCAGCAGUGGUGCACACCUUUAAUCCCAGCACUCAGGAGGCAGAGGCAGGUGAAUCUCUGUGAGUUCAAGGCCAGCCUGGUCUACAGAGCGAGAUCCAGGACAGGCACCAAAGCUACAGAGAAACCCUGUCUCAAAAAACCACAAAAAUACAAACAAACAAAUUCCCCAAGAUAAAGACAAAUCUUAUGAAGCAUGUAUGAAAGAGUUGAAUGUAUAUAUAAAUGUUUAUUUUUUGGAGCAGUGCCAGGAAUUAAAAAAAAAAAAAACUCAAGACCUUCCGUGUGCUGGACAAGCAUCUGAGCUUUUUACCCUAGGCCCAGAAGCUUUAAUAGUUUUUGCAAAAUGAGAAAAGACUGAAACAUGAAAAUAUGUGAAUAAAAUGGUAUUUUACCCAAAUGA